AUGUCGGCGUGUGAGAGAAGGAAGACGGCGUGCGUCACCGGAGGGAGCGGAUACAUCGCCUCAGCGCUCAUCAAGCUGCUCCUCCAGAAAGGCUACGCUGUCAAGACCACCGUCAGAGACCCCGAUGACAUGGAGAAAAACUCCCACCUCAAGGACUUGCAAGCGCUUGGCCCCCUGGAGAUCAUUCGUGCCCAACUGGAGGUGGAAGGCAGCUUCGACGAAGCAGUUUCUGGCUGCGAAUACGCCUUCCUCGUUGCUGCUCCAAUGACCUUCAGGUCAGAAGAUCCUGAGAGAGAUCUGAUCGAACCCGCCGUCCAAGGAACACUCAACGUGAUGAGAUCGUGUGUGAGAGCGGGGACGGUGAAGCGGGUGAUCCUGACGUCGUCGGACGCCGGCGUGUCCAGGAGGCCGCUCCAGGGCGGCGGCCACGUGCUGGACGAGGGCUCCUGGUCCGACGUCGAGUACCUCAGAGCCAACAAGCCACCAACUUGGGAAUACGCAGUGUCCAAGGUGCUUCUCGAGAAGGCGGCGAGCAAGUUUGCGGAGGAGAAUGGCAUCAGCCUCGCCACCGUGCUGCCCGUGUUCACCUUGGGCGCGGCGCCGGUCUCCAAGGCCAGAACCAGCGUCCCCGUCACCCUCUCCCUGUUGUCCGGCGAUGAGACACAGCGGGACAUCCUGAUGGGCCUGCAGUCGGUCACCGACUCCGUGUCGAUAUGCCACGUGGAGGAUCUGUGUCGCGCUGAGGUGUUUGUCGCCGAGAACAAGUCCUCGGCGGGCAGGUACAUCUGCUGCAGCCACAACACCACCGUCGUGCAGCUUGCCCGUCUCGUAGCCGAAAAGUACCCACAAUACAAUGUGAAACUUGAACGCUUUGCUGGGUCCCAAGAGAAGCCAAGAGUGUGUUUAUCGUCUCAGAAGCUCAUCGGGGAAGGGUUCGAGUUCAAGCACGAUGAUUUAAGUGAGAUCUUUGACGACCUCGUUGAAUACGGCAAGACCACGGGGAUACUUCCCUACUAA